AUGGUUGCCGCAGCCGAAGAUCUGCAGCGUCCGGUCAUUGCAGUGCAAAGUAGAACUGUAGGAGGAGCGGAAGAGAAGAUUGAAACAGAUACACGUACAGUGCCGAUCCCGGUCUGGGACUUGAAGAGUAGGAUGGGGCAAUUGCAGAAAGAUGCGAGGGAGUGGAAUACCAAGAACAUCUCUCAGCGUUUGGCUGUAGAUGCGGCAUGUGCGUUGACUGCAGGUGUCACAGUAGCGCCGGUGGUGUCCAUGAUAGACAAGGCAAUCAUGGAAAACGCCUCCGGCAAGCGGCCUCUAAUGGAAAGCAUCAAAGCCUCCGCAACCCACCUCCUGACCCGUCCGCACCUCUACAUCACCGGUAAACCAUUCGCCCUGAUCCUCAUGGUCUAUGGUGGGACCUACCUCUCCGCGAACUUCCUCGAUACCUUCAAAUCCACCACGAAAUCCCAGCCCGCUUCAAAGACGACACACGGCGCUGAGAAGUUCAUCGCCACCUCUGGCGCGAAUCUGGGUCUCACCAUGAUCAAGGAUAGUAACUUCACGAAAAUGUUCGGCACGGUCUCCGCUCGGCCUGUACCACCUGUUACGUAUGCGCUAUUUGCCGUACGAGACGCAAUGACUGUCUUCGCCUCAUUCAACGUCCCCCCUCUAAUCGCUCCACGACUCCCUCUCUCAGAAGCUGCGGAGAGAUACAUAAGCCGCGCAUCAGUAGCGCAAUUCCUCGCGCCAGCUGCGAUCCAGCUGAUCUCGACACCAUUCCAUCUGUACGGACUGGAUCUGUACAACCGCAACGGAGGCACGCCGUUCAGCGAUCGCUUGCAAAAGGUACGAGUGGACUGGCUGAAGAGCAGUUUGGCGAGGAUGUGUAGGAUUGUGCCGGCGUUUGGGUUUGGAGGGGUUGUGAAUAAUAGUCUGCGGUUGAGGUUUCAGAAACAGUUGGAGUAG